CUAGGGACACUAGAGAACGAUCGGUAGCACCUCACUGUUGGCUAAGUUAACUGCGCUGCACGAUCGCAAAUAUACGCGGUACACAGUUAAUAACCAACGUUACUUGUAGUUGCAGAGCAAUUACUUGUAUGGACGAGUGUGCGACUUGCCACAACGCGGCGCAGGAUUGGGAAUUUUGAGCACAGGAAACAGAAAUCAAAGCGCAAACUCUUGAAACACACACCGACAAACGAUCAAGGCAACGGUCCGGCUUGUGAAGCCACCGUCAAAGGAGCGCAGUUUUUGCUGUCGCAACAGUUCUCUUAUUUAUCAAACUGGAGAAUACGAGGUAUACGCCUGUCUAUACAACAGAAAGAAUUAAAAUGACGCAACAACCGGAGUGGGGAAUACGAUUCUCGAGGUUUUUCCUCGUACCUCAGCGAGUGAUCCUUUCGAUCAUGGGCUUUUUUGCCAUACUCAAUGCAUAUACGAUGCGUAUAUGUCUCUCGGUAGCUAUUACCGAGCUAGUGGUUAAAAAAAAUCAUACAGACGAUGAUGGUAGCACGGCGGUAUGCGUGGCCGACGAUUUGGACUCGGAAUCAAGUAGUGGUGGUGAAUAUGAAUGGUCAGAAGAGUUACAGGGUUAUAUACUUUCAUCCUUCUAUAUUGGUUACAUUUUGACGCACAUUCCUGGCGGUCUAUUGGCGGAAAAAUUUGGUGGUAAAUGGACGCUCAGUUUGGGUAUACUGUCUACAGCUUUCUUCACCGUCAUUACACCACUCGCCAUCAUUCAUGGUGGUGCGACUUGGCUAAUUGUUGUGCGUAUUCUGAUGGGCAUUGGUGAGGGUACCACCUUCCCGGCUUUGAGCGUAUUAUUAGCACAAUGGGUGCCGAUUAAGGAGCGUGGCAAAUUGGGUGCGUUGGUAUUGGGUGGUGGACAAGUCGGUACAAUUUUGGGUAAUCUGUUGUCUGGUAUACUGUUGGACGCUUAUGAUUGGCCUGUGGUCUUCUAUUUCUUCGGCGGUAUUGGACUUGUAUGGUUCGUCAUUUUCACUUUCCUUUGCUACAGUGACCCAACCACACAUCCAUUCAUCAAACCUAGCGAAAAGGAGUAUCUAACCAAGCAUAUGGGUAGCAUUGGUCGCAACAAAAAUUUGCCACCCACACCAUGGCGUGCCAUUUUAACCAGUUUGCCAAUGUGGGCUUUGAUAUCAGCACAAAUCGGUCACGAUUGGGGCUUCUAUAUUAUGGUUACUGAUUUGCCCAAAUACAUGGCAGAUGUUAUGCAAUUCUCUAUUAAAGCUAACGGUCUCUACUCUUCACUACCAUACGCCAUGAUGUGGAUCUUCUCGUUGGGUUCAGGUUUCGUUGGCGAUUGGUUGAUUUCACGUAAAAUCAUGAAUAUCACUAAUGUGCGCAAGAUGAUGACUGGUUUAGCUGCCUUUGGCCCAGCGAUCUUCAUGGUUGCUGCUUCAUAUGCUGGUUGUGAUCGUAUUGCUGUCGUUGCACUUUUUACCAUUUGUAUGGGUCUUAUGGGUGCUUUCUAUGCGGGCAUGAAGCUUACACCGCUCGAUAUGAGUCCCAACUAUGCGGGCACAUUGAUGGCGAUCACCAACGGUAUUGGUGCGAUUACGGGCGUUGUUUCGCCAUCACUGGUGGGCUUGAUGACACCAAAUGCCUCGCUGCUCGAAUGGCGUCUGGUUUUCUGGGUCGCUUUCGGUGUGCUUGUCAUCACCGCCAUUGUCUAUGUGAUCUGGGCGUCGGGUGAGGUGCAAGAUUUCAACGAUCCACCACGUAGAAUCGAUUUCGAAGCCGAGGAGAAGGAGAAAGCAGCUGUUGCAACACAACUUGAAAGUAGUGAAAACUUACAAGAUGCGCGGAAUAUAAAAACAACACAUACCUAGGUUGUGUGUGUGAGUAAUAUCUAGUAGCAUUUCCGUACUAUAUAACGAAUAGUUACGCGUGCACGAAAACUGCCGAGCGAUCUGUUGAAGAAAGAAAAGAAUUUACAAAUCAAAUUCUAAUUAUAAAAGUAUUUAUUGUAACUAUAAUUUGAGCAAAAAAUGCAAAAAGUAGCAAACAACAACAAGCAGACAACGAAAGUAACAACCAGCAAAGAGUGUUGAUUAAUUAAAAAAGAAAUUAGAGAAAAAGACAAUCAAAAAUAAAACAAUUAUAAGAAACAUAAAUCAAAUUU